AUGUAUCGCAACAGGCCGAUUUACUUUGGCGCUCCCUCCCACCUUUGUGCAGCAGCGUUCAUUUGUGCUCUAGUGCUGCUAGUUAGUGGCACCGUUAAUGCAUCCCAAUGCACACAACCCACCGCCGAAUGGUCCAACAGAACUACCCCAUUAGCGGUGCAUCAUAACCGCGAUCGACGGUACGUGCUCAGCUUCCCGGUGAACGGUGGUGUGGCGAAAGUGAUUUUCGGUUUCGUCGCACCCGUCCGCUUUCAUCACAUGCUCAAGCGCAGCAUCAACUUGGGCCUUAACCUGCAGGCCAACUAUCGCAUCCUGCCAAACAUUAUCUUCCCGCAUCCGGAGUCGGUGUGGAAGAACCGCUACAGCGUAGAUACGUACGUCGAUACGGGACGUAAGCAGCUGUACGCGCUACUGGAACAAUUUCUCGGCACAACCGGUAACCGGAGCAGCCGCAGCGAAAGUGCACGUGCCUGUCUGCUGCGAACGAUAUGCGAGGUGGCCGACACACCGCUGACCCACAACGGGAUGGUCGGCGAAAUACUGGACGUUGUUUUCACACCCGCCGAUACGGAUGACCUAUCGGAUGAGUACAAAAUGGCACGAAAGUACGGUGCUAACGGGGUUGAUUGUGCCCGCCUGUAUGAGCAGUGUCCCUAUGGGCAUGGGCUUUUGGACACUGUUACGGCAAUGCAUUGGUGA